AUGGCGCAAGAGCAGCUCGUCCUCCGCGGCACCAUGCGCGCCCACACCGACUGGGUCACCGCCAUCGCCACCCCCAUCGACAACUCCGACAUGAUCGUCACAUCCUCCCGCGACAAGUCCAUCAUCCUCUGGACCCUCACCAAGGAGGACCGCAACUUCGGCGUCGCCCGCCGCCGAAUGAACGGCCACUCCCACUUCGUCCAGGACGUCGUCCUCUCCUCCGACGGCCAAUUUGCCCUCUCCGGAUCCUGGGACGGAGAGCUCCGCCUUUGGGAUCUCCAGACCGGCGUCACCGCCCGUCGCUUCGUCGGACACACCAAGGACGUCCUCUCCGUCGCCUUCUCCGUGGACAACCGCCAGAUCGUGUCCGCCUCCCGCGACAAGACCAUCAAGCUCUGGAACACCCUCGGCGAGUGCAAGUACACCAUUCAGGACCAGGACGGCCACACCGACUGGGUCUCCUGCGUGAGGUUCUCGCCCAACACCCUUCAGCCGACCAUUGUGUCCGGCUCCUGGGACAGGACUGUUAAGAUCUGGAACCUGAGCAAUUGUAAGCUCAGGUCGACUUUGGCUGGCCACUCUGGCUAUGUCAACACGGCGGCUGUCUCCCCGGACGGCUCUCUGUGCGCUAGUGGUGGGAAAGAUGGUGUGAUUUUGCUCUGGGAUCUGGCCGAGGGGAAGAAGCUCUACUCGCUGGAUGCUGGCUCUAUUAUCCACGCCCUCUGCUUCAGCCCUAACAGGUAUUGGCUCUGUGCUGCGACUGAGUCCAGCAUUAAGAUUUGGGAUUUGGAGAGCAAGAGCGUUGUUGUGGAUCUCAAGGUGGACCUCAAGCAAGAGAGCGGUGAUAUUGCAACUGAAGGGGCCGCCCAGACUGCUACUGGGAAGACAAAGGUCAUAUACUGCACCUGUCUCAACUGGAGUGCUGAUGGAAGUACUCUCUUCAGUGGUUACACAGAUGGUGUUAUCCGAGUGUGGGGUAUUGGUCGUUACUAG